AUGACGUGGAAUGCUGGAUCAUAUAAUGUCGACGAAAAUGAAGUGGUUGGCGUCACAGUUAUAGCUACCACUGAUUUCACAGUGGUUUACAACGGUGCCACAGCACUAGCUAACGCGUUCUCGUUAAGUCAUGCCGACCCAGGACCAAGUACACUGUUUGCUGUGAAUUCAAAUGACGGCAAGGUGACAAGCAAUGCCGUGUUAAACUACGAAGAGCAUGGCCCAACUCAGCAAGUAUACAUAAUAUGUCACACUGAUGCCGGAGACGUUCAAUAUUCUAUUCAAGUUGACAUUGUUGACAUGGAAGACGAACCCGUGUUCAUCAACCUGCCAGCUACCAUAUCUAUACCGGAAAAUGUUCUCACCACAGCAACAAUCGCAACAGUUGACUGUAGUGACGAGGAUGGUGACUCUGUAACGUACGAUAUUGAUUCACAGGAUCCUGGCUCACCUACAUUUACUAACACAGGGCCUAAUAUAUUUGCACCGGUUGGGCUGGAUUUCGAUGCAGACCCAGCUAAACGAUCAUUUGAACUCACUAUAAGUUGUGCUGGUACAACGAGUACUCCAACAGCCAUAUUGACAGUCAUCGUGCAAGAAGAGUACGACGAGCCACCGGUGUUUGAUUCAACAGCUUAUGAUGGUAACGUGGAUGAAGACCAGCCUGCAGGUACUGUUGUCACGUGGACUGAUGAUCCAAUUGUUGGUUGUACUGAUGCAGAUGUUAGUGUUACAAGGGAUGAUGACGCGCUGUAUUACACAAUCUCAGGAACCAAUGCAGACCAUUUCAACUGUGAUUACUUAACUGGUCUGGUGACGACAGCUAGGACGUUAGAAGCUGAUGGUGGGUCCGCCAUCUUGAGUUACACUCUAACGCUGACUGCUACCGAUAAAGGUGGAAACACAGACACAGCUGAUUUGAAUAUCGUUGUCAAUGGUAUUAAUGAUCUUCCCGUAUUCAGCCCAUCCGGGUACACUGCAUUAGUGGCCGAGGAAACGGUAACUGGUACUUCUAUUAUUGAUGUCACAGUUACAGAUAUUAACUCUGACACACUAGUGGUUAGCAUUGUCAGUGGAGAUGACGCCGAUGCCAAGUUUACAAUAACCGGCACCACGAGCCCUUACACUGUAGAAACUACAACGUUUCCUACUGAUUAUGAAGACGCUACUUUGAUUGCAAAUAAUCAUUUAUAUACUUUAUUAGUAACUGCUGAUGACGGGGGUGGCAUACUUACUACUGCAACUGUAGUAAUCGAGAUAACGUCUGAGAACGAGGAUACACCUGCAUUCACGACAUUCCCAGCUAUAGUUCUCACCAUGUUAGAAAACUCGCCUUCCGGUACAACUGUGGCCGACGUCGGUGAUAUAGUGGCAGAGGAUUCCGACGAAGGUUCAGAUGGAAUUAUCACUUACUCCAUUGAUGCUGUCGACCCAAACGUCAAUAAAUUUUACAUCGAGCCAAGCACGGGAGAACUCGUCACUAUCGGCACGUUUGAUUACGAGACCGACCCACAACGAUAUACAAUAACCGUGAUGGCUGCAGAUGAUGGAAAUCCUUCAAACACUGUUACCGACGAUAUCAUACUGGAUAUCGAAGACUACAACGAUAACGAGCCAAUAUUCUCCCAAAAUAUAUAUUACCGCGACGAUGUCGUAGAGGGCUCCCCCGUCGAUACGAGUGUGCUUGCACUCACAACAACGGACGCCGAUUCUAGUGCGCUGACAACUAUCCAAUAUGAGUUUGUUUCUGGUAAUGACGACGAUCUGUUCAAAAUUGACCAGUCAACGGAGACCAUACAAAUCAAGAACAUAAUAGACCUGGACGUUGGAUCGGAUGACCCUGCUUCCUAUAUAUUGGUUAUACGAGCAGUGGAUGGCGGCACUCCAGAACUAAGUGGUACGACUACGGUCAAUAUUGUAAUGGAGGCUGUCAACGAUCACGAUCCAGUGUUUGGUGCCACAUCGCCAAUAACAUUUACUGUUGCCCAGCUGGACUGCAGCGACGAUGAUCUAGAUAUACUUACCCACGCCAUUACUGCAGGGAAUUUUGGCAAUUUCGAAAUAGACAACACGGGACUGGUAACCAUUUCAGUCGGCAAUACCAUCGAUUUCGAAUCCGGGACUACAUCAUAUGAGCUGACUAUUCAGGUAAGUGAUGGAUUGACUACUGUUAUCCCGGAACCUAGAGUAAAUAUAGAGAUUCUAGCAGAGAAUGACGAGGAUCCUUACUUUAACCCUGACAAUUGGAGUGAAGACAAAAGCGAAGACACCCCACUUGGUGACGUGAUUACGGAGGUAUCGGCCUUUGCCUUUGACAGUGACGAUACCUCAGAACAUGGCAUUAAAGAGUAUGCAAUUAAUUCCGUGACAAAUGGCGGCGCCAAUAAGUUUCAAAUGGAUACAGAAUCCGGUCAAAUAAAACUUUUUGAACAACUUGAUUAUGACACCAUGGACCCAAAUAUUGCGUACUACGAGUUAGAAGUAAUGGUCACGGACGGAUCCGGAGCUACGGACACUGCUACUGUUACAAUUAACGUAUUGAACGCAAACGACAUCUAUCCGUCUUGUUCACAGACGUCAUUUUACCGCCAAGUUAACGAAGGAACUUUUCCGUACCUACCACUGAACACGUCGGUGUUGGAUUGUUCUGAUGAUGACACUAGUGGUGCAUUGACCUACAGCUUGUCAUUACAGACUCCAAGUGCAGACUUUUCUGUGGAUUCAGUCACCGGAGAAAUAUCUCUCAGUG